CAUAGACUUCUAUACAACCAGAGGAGUCGCCCCCUGGUGGUCAGGAGAGAGAAUGCAGCUUUAACACAAAACGGUGGUGUCCAUCUGCCGUCCUUCUGAAUUCAUGUGAAUUCAGCAUUUGAGGAGAAAUCAUUUGUAGUUAUUUUAUUAGACCUUUAUUUAACCAGAUAAAACCAAUUGAGAACCAAUUGUCAUUUUCAAUGAAGAGCUGGCCAAGAGGCUGAACACAGACAAGUGACACAAACAGCACAGAUACAACACGGAAUGACAAACACAUGAGAAAAUGACUAAAAACAAUAUAGGUACAUUAAUAAACACUAUGUACAGAACAAGGCGGAUUACUGGCUGAUGGAAGAGAGAGAGGAGUGAGGCCUGGUCAGCAGGUACAGCUGUCAACUCUGACUUGUUGCAGCUGGAUUUCUUAUUUUGAUGUAUUUCAGACAUUCUUUUGAAUGUCUAAAAUACACCCUUUAGUUUUCCGUGUGGAUGCAGUGGAUCUGGAUUGUUGUGCCGGUCUCUAUUUCCGGAGUGACAGUCAGAGAUGUUUGCGCCGGCGGAGGAGGUAUCGAGUGUUCCUGUUAAUCUCACAGAAGACAGACCUUCCAUGACUGGGAUGCCCCGGAGGACGACUGGACCCACAUCCGCAUUUAGACUCUCAAGGUUUUUCCUCGGCUGAUCGCAGCUGGUGUCCCGUUUCCUCUUAAGUGGAGUUAUUAUUUCUGAUGCCUGACCACAUCUUCACCUCGUUUCCCAUUUACAUCUGUUUGUGUCGCCGGUUUCAUACUUAAUGACUUUUUGUGAUUUGAAAACACUAAUCAACCAUUUAAAUGGGAAAUUGUGUUUUUCUGCAGGCUUCAAACCAAAAAACGCCAAAAUGUCGGAGAAAAAGAUGACAUCGAGUCGCAAGCAUCAUCUGAAGAGUUUGAUGCUGUCCAUCGCCAAAGGGCUCCUGGAGGAGGAGGACAGGGAGCAGGAGGAGGACAGGGAGCGCUACAUGGCAGAGAACUGUCCCCCUGUGGCCAUGCCAAGGACCAUGCAGGAGCUGCAGGAGCUUUGCCGGGAGAUCAACCAAAAGAUCGACGCGAUCGACGAGGAGCGAUACGACCUGGAUAUGAAAGUCAAUAAAUCCAACAAGGAGAUCGACGACCUGAAAAUCAAAGUUCAGGACCUGAUGGGGAAGUUCAAGAAGCCGGUCCUGAGGAAGGUCCGCAUGUCGGCCGACGCCAUGCUGAAGGCUCUGCUGGGCUCCAAGCACACGGUCAACAUGGAGCUGAGGGCCAACCUGAAGCAGGUCAAGAAGGAGGUCAAGGAGGAGGACAAGGAGCUGCGAGAUGUCGGCGACUGGCGUAAAAACAUCGAAGACAAAGCCGGCAUGGACGGGAGGAAGAAGAUGUUCGAGGCGGAGGCUUAAGUCAGCUCCACUUAUUUAUUGGCUGUUCUGAUCUGCCAGCAUGUUUUAGAUG